AUGAAAAUAUUACCCAAAUUUUCUGUCCCUCAAAAAAGCUUACAAAAAGUUUUUCCGGCUAAACAAUGGAAAAAUCACUAUCCAUGGAUCUUAUGUUUAGGGGUUAAAUGCCAGAAAAGAAAUAAUCCUUUCUCAAAUGACAAAAAAGCAAAUGAACGGAAAACAUUCACUUUAAGUAAUGGGUCAAUGUCUAACGGCUAUAAUGACAACAUAUAA